AUGGAAGAGUUUGGAUUCAACACAGAUGAUCUGAUAUUUGAGCUCAAUGAGCCAAAGCAGAAGAAGGGUAUACCAAAGGUUGACAAUUACUCUCCAAAGAUUGAUUCAAGUCUGUGGUUCAUUGAUUGCGACCCUACCUCUAUACCUAUAGAACAUCUAAUCGAUGAUGAUAAACCAAAGACAAAGAAGGAGAGAAACAAACAUAGAAAGAUGAAAGAUGACAAUAAUGAGGACGAUGAAUCAAAGAAUGAGAGAAAGGAAAUGAAAAAGAUAAUGCGUAUGCUUACUUAUAGGAUCGACCAUUACUAUCUAAACAAGAAGUAUGAGCUCUGUCUUUUGGACUCUGUGCAGUUGCUCAAGUUUGUCAAGGCGUUGGCAGGUGACAACUCACAACGAAUGGCUGUCAUCGAGGUUGAGAUUCGCUGUCUAUUCAAGCUGGCGCGCUAUCAAGACACAGUUCACAAGAUGGCCGAGUUUGAACGCUUGGCUACUCAACCAUCGCAUCCAGUCCCCACGAAUAUACCCAAGGAUGCUGUGCCUGUUGCACCUUCCAUCUUUAGAGACUCCUCGAUGAUCUACAUUCUGGCUCAGUGUCAUCACCACCUGGCGGCGUACGACGAGGCCAUCGUUCAGUACCAACGAGCAAUCGGUCUGAAUAGUGCUGUCUGGGAAUGGUGGCUCAACCUCGCACAAUGUUAUCUCAAUCAGCCAUUACUUCAACGUCCAAUGUUGGCGAGCACGACAGUCUACCCAUCGGUUGGUCAAGAUGUCAUUGGCCAUACACCACAAUGGCGUCUACUCUGUGCCAAGCGAUCAUUAUCAAUUGCAUUAUACUAUCUACUCAGCUCGAUACAGCAGAAGAGAUCCUUGCCACCAUCAAUACUGACAAAGGGCGAGCAACCAAAGGAUGCUGGAUGGGACUCACCACUCAAGCGAAUCCACGAGCGACUCUCAAGCAUUCACACCACACUCAUAGAUCUUGACGCCAAUCAGUUGAUCGCCCUUGUGGAUGGCCACUCAUUCAGCGAGUUUGAGACACGAUGGUUCGUUGAAUACCGCGAGCGAAUUGCCGAAGACGAGGAAGCAAUCGAAGAAGAGAACCCAUAUGCUCUGUAA